AUGUCGCAUGAACGGCGCACGCGGUCAGCUACGGGAGCAGACGAAUUUGCAUCCUCUCCUCCAACUUCAGCUCCAUCGUUUGCAAAGACAACGUCCAGCUUCCAGCGAGAGAAUGUGCCACUCACGCCGAUGGAAAGAUGGGCCAUGGCCAGGUCAAACGACAGCUUUCGAGCUUUGGCCGGGGCAGCGGGAGGGUUCACCUCGGGCAUUGUCACAUGCCCCUUGGAUGUGAUAAAGACGAAGUUGCAGGCACAAGGGGGGUUCAGGGUCAACAAAACUACGAACGCGGCGUAUCGGGGUCUAAUUGGGACCGGUCGAACUAUAUGGCGGGAAGAGGGCCUUAAGGGAUUGUACAGAGGUUUGGGACCGAUAAUUCUGGGGUACUUGCCCACCUGGGCAGUCUGGUUUACGGUGUAUGGGAAAUCGAAGGAAUUCAUUCCCAAGAAUUUCAAGACCGAAAAUGUGUUUGCUGUCAAUUUCUGGUCAUCCAUAGUGGCUGGCGCUACUUCGACAAUGGUCACCAAUCCGAUAUGGGUAAUCAAGACUCGGUUGAUGUCACAAGUGAGCAGGAGAGCUGUUUCGAAUGAUUCCCGACCUCCCUGGCAUUACAGGUCGACCAUCGAUGCAGCCAAGAAGAUGUACAGAAACGAAGGAAUUCUGUCGUUCUAUUCCGGUCUCACUCCAGCACUCCUUGGCUUAACCCACGUUGCAAUACAGUUUCCGGCGUACGAAUAUUUGAAGACGCAGUUCACUGGACAUGGCAUGGGUAUGUCGGUAGCAGGAGAUGAGAGGUCACACUGGAUUGGAGUCCUCUCGGCAAGUGUUUUGAGCAAAGUCCUGGCUAGCUCUGCUACAUAUCCCCAUGAAGUCAUCCGAACCAGGUUACAAACCCAGCAAAGGACUUUACCUUCUUCUUCCUCCGAGUACGCGGCGUUCCGAGGAGGACUUGAGGGCAGCGAGAGCCAUGGUCCCGCCGAAAUUAUUGCAAAGACCAAGGCUGCUCUUCCUCGGUACAAAGGAAUCAUUAAAACUUUCAGGAUCAUUUUAAAGGAAGAAGGUUGGAUUGCUUUCUACGCUGGGAUGGGCACGAACAUGAUGCGGGCCGUGCCAGCCGCUACAACAACAAUCCUCACGUACGAAUACGUAAUGAGGCACUUAAAUCACACAAAAGCAGAAGGAAUACGAAAGUCAUCAGCUGGAUGGUGA